AUGUCAGUGGACCUAGUCACAGUUCUGUUGCUCAGUCUCUCCUGUUUGCUUCUUCUUUCAUUCAGGAGACGCAGCAAUGCGAAACGGAGGCUCCCUCCUGGCCCCACUCCUCUCCCGAUUAUUGGAAAUAUCCUGCAGCUGGACUUAAAGGACAUCAGCAAAUCCUUCUCAAAUUUCUCGAAAGUCUAUGGCCCUGUGUUCACCCUGUAUUUGGGCCUGAAGCCCACUGUGGUGCUGCACGGAUACGAGGCUGUGAAGGAGGCACUAAUUGAUCUGGGAGAGGAGUUUUCUGGGAGAGGCCGUUUCCCAGUGGCUGAAAGAAUCAAUAAAGGUCUUGGACUCAUUCUCAGCAAUGGAAACAGAUGGAAAGAGAUCCGGCGCUUCUCAAUCACCACCCUGCGCAAUUUCGGAAUGGGGAAGAGGAGUAUUGAGGACCAAAUUCAAGAGGAGGCCCGCUACCUUGUGGAGGAGCUGAGGAAAACCAAUGCUUUGCCUUGUGAUCCCACCUCUAUCCUAGGUUGUGCUCCUUGCAAUGUGAUCUGCUCCAUUAUUUUCCAGGGCCGUUUUGAAUAUACAGAUAAAUUUUUUCUUAAGUUUUUGAAAGUGUUGAAUGAAGGCAUCAAUAUCUUGAGCUCCCCAUGGAUACAGGUCUGCAAUAAUUUUCCAGUUCUCAUUGAUUAUUUACCGGGGAGUCAUAAAAAAUUUAUUCAAGAUAUGAAUUAUGUCCAAAAUUUUAUUUUGGAGAAAAUAAAAGAACACCAACAAUCCCUAGAUGUGAACAAUCCUAGGGACUUUAUUGAUUGUUUCCUGAUCAAAAUGGAGCAGGAAAAGCACAAACAGCAUUCUGAAUUUACCCUGGAAAUCUUGAAAUUCACUGCAGCUGAUUUGUUUUCUGCUGGAACAGAGACCACCAGCACCACCCUGAGAUACGGGCUGCUGCUCCUGCUGAAGCACCCUGAGGUGGCAGCUAAAAUCCGGGAGGAGAUUGAGCGUGUGAUCGGCAGAGACCGGAGCCCCAGUAUGCAGGACAGGAGCCGCAUGCCCUACACGGACGCUGUCGUACACGAGGUCCAGAGAUACAUUGACCUCAUCCCCACCAGUAUGCCACAUGCAGUGACGUGUGACGUUAAAUUCAGAGACUACCUCAUCCCCAAAGGCACAAACAUAAUAAUAUCACUGACAUCAGUGCUACAUGAUGAGAAGGAAUUCCCCAACCCAAAGACAUUUGAUCCUGGCCACUUCCUGGACAAGAAUGGUAACUUCAAGAAGAGUGACUACUUCGUGCCUUUCUCAACAGGAAAACGAAUUUGUGUGGGAGAGGGCCUGGCCCGCAUGGAGCUGUUUUUGUUUCUCACCACCAUCUUACAGAACUUCAAGCUGAAACCUCUGGUUGACCCAAAGGACAUCAAUAUCACCCCAAUUGUCAAUGGAUUUGCUUCUGUUCCACCACCAUACCAGCUCUGCUUCAUUCCUAUUUGAAGAAGUACUGCUUGGUCCUGGUGCAAUGGCCUAGUGGCUAAACCCUUACCUUGCAAGUUCCAAGAUCCCAUAUGGGCACUAGGUUAAUGUCCCAGCUGCAAAUGUGAAGCACACCCCAGUA